UCGCUACAGCACAAAUAAUUUUAACUCGCAGGUACUCUGCGCUUAAGGUUUGUUCCCCUUCUUUUUAAAGGCAGAUCUCAAGAUUUCCGUGUGGUUGUAUCAGCGAGGACCAUUUAUGUGUUGAAUGGCUGCCAACAUGCUUGGAAAAAAUUUUCUGUUCCUUUUUCUAGAAGCUUAAUGUAUGAAAGUGGGCAGUUGAAGCUUUUUAUGGCAGAGAGAGAUAUAACAUCACAUUAAAUACCUAUUUAAGUCCCCUUCUACAGAUGGGCAGUCACUUUGAGUUACAAACACCCCAAAUGAGCAUUCACUGUGCAACUGGAAUGGAGAGGAUGAACAAUCAGGAAUUGUGUCAGUUCACAGAAAAUGUAACUACUACUACAACCCAUGAUCCAGGAGAAAGUAAUCUGAAACAGGGCAGUCAAGCCACUAGCAUUUUCCCACUUUGCAGAAGCAAUGGAGGCAAAAGAAGUCUAGACCACUACUCCACGCAAGAGCAUGGAAACAGUUGUACCAGCUUGAACAGCAAUGCACAAGUACAGCCACAAGAGAAAGUGACUCUGGUUGUAGACAGCACUAGAUUUGUUGUAAAUCCCCAGAUUUUCACAGCUCAUCCUGAUACUAUGUUGGGACGAAUGUUUGGACCAGGACGCGAAUACAACUUCACUCGGCCAAAUGAGAAGGGUGAAUAUGAAAUUGCAGAAGGAAUCAGCUCCACUGUGUUCCGGACAGUGCUGGAUUAUUACAAAACUGGAGUAAUUCACUGUCCUGAUGGGAUUUCUAUUCCUGAUCUCAGAGAUACCUGUGAUUAUCUUUGCAUCAAUUUUGACUUCAACACAAUCAAGUGUCAAGAUUUGAGUGCUUUAUUGCAUGAGCUGUCUAAUGAUGGUGCUCACAAUCAGUUUGAUGGUUACCUGGAAGAGCUGAUUUUGCCUAUAAUGGUGGGCAGUGCCAAAAAAGGAGAACGCGAGUGUCACAUUGUAGUAUUAACUGAUGAAGACAUAGUGGACUGGGAUGAAGACUAUCCACCUCCCAUGGGAGAAGAAUACUCACAAAUCCUGUAUAGUUCAAAGCUGUACCGAUUCUUCAAAUACAUAGAGAAUCGUGAUGUCGCAAAAACUGUCUUGAAAGAACGAGGCCUGAAAAAUAUUCGAAUUGGCAUUGAAGGUUAUCCAACCUACAAAGAAAAAGUGAAGAGGAGGCCAGGAGGGCGGUCAGAAGUGAUAUAUAAUUAUGUGCAACGUCCAUUCAUUCAGAUGUCUUGGGAAAAGGAAGAAGGAAAAAGCCGCCAUGUUGACUUCCAAUGUGUUAGAAGCAAAUCUCUAACAAACCUUAUCAUGGAUGAAGAUGUAGCAGAAGAUCAGGUUAUACCUUACCCGCCCCAGGUGGAUGAACUUGACAGAUUAAAUGCACCACUUUCUCAAAUGGAUCCUAGUGAUCUGCCAGAUUAAAUUGGAAGACUAAUGCAGUUUUCACAAAUGAAUUUGGUGAACUGCCCAAUUUCAGUAAUACUGCUGAAUGGAGCCUGCUAUCAGUCAUCCUACAAUUGGAUCUCUUUUAAGUUGUUUUAUUUUCUCAGUUACUGUGCUUGUUAAAUGUCCCUCCAGCAGAAAGGGCAGGCAUUCUUAAAUCCAAAGCUGAAGGCUUCCAAGGAGGAGCUGGCCCCUGGGGACUGGUACCAAAUUUGCAUCUAACCCUUCCAAAAAAUGGAGGUGAAUGGAGGUGCCUUCAUUA